AUGACAAGAAAAAAAAACUGGGAAGAAACGGAGACUAUAGUCCUAACUGAGGAGUGUAGUGCCAUCAUACAAAAGAAACUCCCUCAGAAAAUGAAAGACCCAGGGAGUUUCCAAAUCCCCUACAUCAUAGGGGAUAUAAAUAUUGAGAAGGCCUUAUGCGACUUGGGGGCUAGCAUCAAUCUCAUGUCCUUGAACAUGAUGAGAAGGAUGAGAACUGAGGAAGCCAAACCAACAAGAAUGGCACUCCAACUAGCUGAUAGGACAUUCAAGUUUCCACAUGGAGUAGUGGAAGAUUUAUUGGUGAAAGUGGGAGAAUUUAUUUUCCCAGCUGACUUUGUUGUGCUGGAUAUGGAAGAAGAGGCUAACACUUCAAUUAUCUUAGGAAGGCCAUUCCUAGCUACUGCUGGAGCCAUCAUUGAUGUGCAAAAAGGGGAACUAGUCUUGAGAUUGCAUGAGGAGAAGAUGAUCUUCAAUGUUUUCAAGGCAAUGAGUUACCCCAAGGAAUCAAUAGGAGAAUGCAUGAUGGUGGACACCAUAGAAUAG